GGUGCCUUCCCCAGUAAAGUGGCCCUUCAAAUGAAAACAUGCAGUCUGCUCCAGCGGCGCUGAGGUGUUGAGUCGACCUUGUAGCACACAACCAAGUCAGACCUGACGUUCGGUUUCUCUCUGAUCUACAUACCGAACUGGUCCACUUCCUGUUCCUGCCCCCCUGCCCCCCUGCCCCCCAACCCCUCCUCCUCGAAUGCAAGAAUUUUAAGUGACAUCAGGAGAACCCCAGAAAAUGACUGACCUACUCUCCAUUUAGUGUGUGAGUGUGUGUUUGUGGGUGUGUGUGUUUGUGGGUGUGUGUGUUUGUGUGGCACUUCUUCGCGCCAAGGAUCCAGCCAGCCCCCCCCCCCCUCCCCCCAAUCUAACCCCCCUUUCACCUUCCAGUCUGACUUCCCCGUCCACCUCCAGGCUCCUCCAUUGAGCUGCUCUCCUCGGCACAGCUGCCCAGACCGGACUUCCGCGUCAUGCCGACACACCUGAGGUCCAGUCCGGCUCUGAGGCAGGACGGUUUGCCUGGUCUGUGAGUGGACCCACUGGUUCCGUCCAGGAGGAGAGGAGGGCAUGCCCCCGCUCACAAAGAGGACAAGAACAAGAAGAAGUAUAUAGGCUCACAUCCUCCGCAGCUUCAUGUUCGACCAGGCGGCGAUGGGCGAUCGGAACCAUCGCUGUGGGCCCAAGCCGCUGUGUCCGGACAGGCUGGGCACCAAAGGCCGGUCCCCGGUCCACAGCUCCUCCGACACCCCGGGGACAUCCUCGUCCACGCCGACGUCUUCCAGCGAGGACGGCCACGACAAACUUUUAGGAGUGGACCCAGAGUACUGCCGGAGGAUCCUUGUGAGAGACGCCAAAGGAACCAUCAGGGAGAUCGUACUACCCAAGGGACUCGACCUGGACCGGCCUAAGCGCACACGGACUUCUUUCACGGCCGAGCAGCUGUAUCGCCUGGAGCUGGAGUUCCAGCGGUGCCAGUAUGUUGUGGGCCGCGAACGGACUGAACUUGCCCGCCAACUGAACUUGUCUGAGACUCAGGUCAAGGUGUGGUUCCAAAAUCGUCGGACCAAGCAGAAGAAGGACACCACCAAGGAUUCGGACAAACGCUGCUCCUCUUCAUCCGAGUCUUUGGCCACCUGCAACAUCCUGCGUUUGCUGGAGCAGGGCCGCCUCCUGUCGGGCCCGGCUCCGCCCCCUAACCCGCUCCUAGGGCCCCAGCCACACCCGGCCAAUGGGGUUCUGCUGAGCAGUCCCAUCGGUGGCCCCUCAAAUUCCCCCGGCCUCAGCGGAAGCAGUCCCUCCAGCUCCCUCCAGGGGGCCGCCUAUGGGCUGUCGCUGCCCCCGCUGGGCGGCACCCCGGUUUCCCCACGGCUAGCCGUCCCACCACCGCAUUCCCUCUGCUUCUCCAUGCCUCUGCUGGGCGGAGCACAUCACGAACUGACCUCCGCCUACAGCUGCGGGUCUUCGGCCUUUGAGCCGUACCUUAGGAUGGACAGGAAGGAGACGGAUCUGGGCGGCAAGAAAACUGUUUCCUAAAAUGACUUCCGGGUUACGGCAAGUACACUACACGAUGAUGGCAGCCGAGCGCUGACCGGGGCACCGUGUGACUGUCAGAUGAUGAAAAAAACAAACAAAAAAAAAACAAACUUGAUGGCACGUUCACACACUCGCGAUGGUGUUUUAAUGUGUGUGAGUGUGUGUGAGUGUGUGUGUGUGUGUGUCAGGAUAAAAAGAACCAGAAUGCAAUCCAGGACAGAAUCAAAUGUUUUGAUGCUGUCCCAAUAUGGAUACAAAAAAGUAAGAGUAGCAUUUAAAUGUGUUAUUUAAAAUGUUUGUGGUCCAGCAGUAGAUUGUGUAAUUUCUUGCUUUGCUCGUGUCUUGUGUUUGGACUAACUUAUUGUGGUAGAACCUGGACCAUCUAGCUCUCAUAGUCUCAGUGUAGUUCUGGUCCACUUGGUAGUGUGCCAGCUCCUCCUUCAUGGCGACUUUGCUUUAACGAGCCACACACAACAGAAGAACACGUUUAAUGUCUGCUAGGGGUGUAACGGAAUACACGCCAUUGUCGUGGUUAGCUACAGGUUUAAGGCCAAGGGAACAAAAUGAAACAUUAUUUUUCAAACCACAAACUUAAUAGAGCUUCUCACAAUAUUACCACCUUAUUCUUGUCUGAAUUGAGUUUGUAUUAAUUGCAACUUUUAUCUUGUAAAAUUACAAUAAUCUGUUGGAAAAUUCAUAAUUUUUCGGAUAGUGUUCUAACUUUUUUCCCUCAUUGCAUAAUUUUCUCUUGAUGGGAUUGCAUUUUCUCUCAAUGAAGUACAGCUUAGUAAAACUUUUUCCUCAUUUUAUUAAGGCUUUAAAUAUUUUAUUCUUUCUAGUAAUUUGUUUACAAUUAUUGUAUAUUCUAACAUUAAUCUUGUAUCAUUGCAAUCUUUUUUUGUAAAACAAUUACUUUGUUCUCCUAAUAAUCUGACUUUAAUCUUUUAAACUUGUUAAAAUAUAUCCAAUAGUUUACAAAGUUUAUUUUUAAGAAAUUGCAACAGUAAGAGCUUGAACAAUGUGAACGGUUAUUUUAUUUUUAGUGGAGGAAAGUUUCCUAUGGGCUGAAUAGCAGAAUUAUUUUUUCCAUCUUCUAGCCUUGUUCCUAGUGAACAAUGGUGGCUCACUGCUUUCUUCUUAUCCACUUGUAUUUGUCCUAUUGCUUAUAAUGCCGGGAAUGCUAAGUGUUCCGAAAUAGAAGACUUAAACCGAGGGAAAAGGUUUUCAACCUUUGGCUUCUCCUUGGCACUAUAACUAGCCAUGACUUUAGCUAACCAAAGGCUGGACAGCACUGUUUUUGUUUACUGAGUCGACACGUGGGCAGUAAUAGGCAGUUAUACUUCCUGUCCCUCAUUUAGACUGAAUCCCAGUUCUCUCCAUUAACUUCUCGUUUGCCUAACCCCCAGCCCUCACCUCUCAAACCAUAGGACCAAGACGUAAUGGUGCCCAAAAAUGUGAAUUCUGAAACUACAUUUGCUGCAUAAUUGUUUGAGAUGCAUCAACUUGAAGUGAAGUCUGUUUUCUGCUAGUUUUGAUUGAUUGAUUGAAACUUUUAUUAGUAGAUUGCACAGUACAGUACAUAUUCCGUACAAUUGACCACUAAAUGGUAACACUCUAAUAAGUUUUCCAACUUGUUUAAGUCGGUGUCCACGUUAAUCAAUUGAUGGUAAGUCUGACAACUUAGUUUUCAAGCUGCAGCUAGAUCAUAUGUCGAGCGAUUUUAAAAUGAAAACAACAUUCUAAUCAUGGUUAAUUCAAAUUAAUAAAGUAGAUUAGCCAUCUUAUCUUUCAUGAAAUGUACUAAUUGUAGUAAAGUCAGUUUCUGCUUGUCUGACAUAGCUACAGCCAUACUUGCCAACCCUCCCAGAUUUUCUGGGAGACUCCCGAAAUUCAGCGCCCUCCCGAAAACCUCGCGGGACAAAUUUUCUCCCAAAAAUCUCCCGAAAUUCAGGCGGAGCUGGAGGCCACGCACCCUCCUACUCUAAGCGGACCUGAGUGACGCGUCGACAGUCUGUUUUCACGUCUGCUUUCCCACAAUAUAAAGAGCGAGCCUGCCCAAUGACGUUAUAACUGUAGAAUGAUCGAGGGCGAGUUUUUGGUUUCUUACGUGGGUUUAUUGUUAGGCAGUUUCAUUAACGUCCUCCCAGCCCGGUAAAAACCCACAACAACAGCAGUCACAUUUUCGUCUACCGUAAAGCAGUUCGUCUGCCGUAAACUCCAAUGUUGUGAACUUGUGUCACUCUUAAACAGUACAAUACUGCCAUCUACUGUACAUAGAAUAGAAUAGAAUGUAGAAUAGAAUGUACUUUUAUUUAAUUCAGCACCACAGUUCGCUCACAAUAAACAAUGAUAAUAAUAAAUAAUGUAAUAUAUAUAAUAUACUAUAUACAUAGUAUAUAAUAUAUGAAUAAUAUAAAUAUAUUCUACAUAUAUUCUACAUUUAAGUGCAGUCAAGGAACAUAUGCAUUAUACAGUCUGAUGGCUGUCGGUAUGAAGGACCUCCUGUGUCGUUCCAUGUUACAUUUUGGGAGUCUGAGCCAAUGAGUAGAUGAGUGUUAUGUGUGUGUAUAUGUGUAAAUAAAUGAACACUGAAAUUAAAGUAUUUCUUUAAUAUAUAUAUAUAUAUAUACAUAUAUAUAUAUAUAUAUAUAUAGCUAGAAUUCAUUGAAAGUCAAGUAUUACAUAUAUGUGUAUAUAUAUAUAUAUAUAUAUAUAUAUAUAUAUAAUGUAUAUAUAUAUUUAAUAUAUAGUAAAUAUUUGACUCUUAACCACGCCCCGAACCACGCUCCCCGCUCCUCCCCCGACCACGCCACCCCCACCUCCUGAAAUUGGAGGUCUCAAGGUUGGCAAGUAUGGCUACAGCUGUGGUUGCUAGCUUAUAUGAUGAGCGAUUUUAAAAUGAAUAACAACAUUCAAAACAUAGCUAAUGUGAUUUCUGAAAGUAAAUUAGUUGUCUAAUCGUUUAUGAAAUGUAGCAAAUUAUAUUAAAGUCUGUUUACUGCUAGUCUGGCAACUUAGUUUAUGAGCUACAGUCGCGUUAGCUAGCAUGUAUGAUGAGUGAUUUUAAAACAAAAAACAUUCAAAACAUGGCAAUAUUUUUGUGGCGUAGCAAAGAAUUGAAUACAUGAUAAAAUAUGACUGUCAUUACUAUUAAUAUCAAUAACGCCUAAAAUUACUUCAUGGCUCAUUACAAAGUGUGGUCGGGACCACGCAUUUCAUUUUGAGGAUUUAACUCUCUUUGACACUGAGCCUUUCCGUUACACUUAAAGAAGAAUUGGGACACCACUUUCAUGAUGUAAACCCGCAAAACCAAGUGCAAAGGGGUAAGACAAAGGGUAUGGGAGAGAAUUGGAAUUCAGCAUUAAUAAGUACUCUGUGUAAAAUUGGUAUGCCUCUGUACCGACGUGAAUGUUCCAUCCGUGAAAAUCGGAUUACAGACACAUGUACCCUUAUACCCCUAGAUUACAGACACAUGUACCCUUAUACCCCUAGAUUACAGAACCAUGUACCCCUAUAUCCCUAAUUUAUAGAACCAUGUACCCUUAUACUCCUUGAUGACAGACACAUGUACCCUUAUACCCCUAGAUUACAGUCACAUGUACCAUUAUAUACCUAGAUUACAGAACCAUG